UCGCUGAAUUCAGACUGCUACAGCAUGUUGCCCAAGACUCUUCUCUCCAGGGGCGCCGUCCUGGCAGCUCUGGACCUCUCUCUGCCCAGCUGGACGGCCCAGCGGUCAGUUUCCUCCGUCACUAUCCCGCCUCCGGCCUGCAUGCUGCUGCCACUGGAGGUGCCCAACCGCUACCUGUUUGGCCCUGGACCCUCAAACGUGCCCCCCCGAGUGCUGGCUGCUGGAGGGAGGCCCAUCAUUGGACACCUCCACCAUGAAAUGUAUGAGAUCAUGAACGACAUCAAGAAGGGAAUCCAGUACGCGUUUCAGACGAACAACCACAUGACCCUGGCCAUGAGCGGCUCAGGCCACGCAGCGAUGGAGUGUGCGGUGUUCAAUGUGGUGGAGCCGGGGGAGAGCGUGUUGGUGUCUGUUAACGGCGUGUGGGGGGAGCGUGUGGCUGAAAUCGCUGAGAGAAUGGGGGCCAAAGUUCACACUUUGGUAAAGGCGCCUGGUGGGUAUUUCACUAACGAAGAAAUUGAAAAGGCUUUAGCCAAACACAAGCCAGUUCUGUUUUUCCUCACACAUGGAGAGUCCUCGGCUGGCCUGGCCCACCCCAUCGACGGCAUUGGAGACUUGUGUCGCAAAUAUGACUGUUUGCUCUUAGUGGAUUCAGUGGCGUCACUGGGAGCUGCACCUCUACUGAUGGACCAACAAAAAAUCGACAUCCUAUACACCGGCUCCCAGAAGGCCUUAAAUGCUCCUCCAGGCACAGCACCCAUUUCAUUCAACGACAGAGCAUGCCACAAGAUGUUCAACAGAAAAACGAAACCUGUGUCCUACCUCUUUGACAUGACCCAUCUGUCCAACUACUGGGGCAACGACGGCAAACCUGCAAGAGAUUACCACCACACCGGCCCCGUCUCCGGAUUCCUCGCCCUCAGAGAGAGUCUGGCCAUCCUGGCUGAGAAGGGUCUGGAGAACUCCUGGAGGCACCAUAAAGAAGUAGCGGAGUAUCUGUGGAAGGGUUUAGAGGACCUGGGCCUGAAACUCUUCAUCAAGGACAAGGAUUUGAGACUGCCCUCAGUCACCACCAUCACAAUCCCUGAUGGAUACGAAUGGAAGGAGCUUCUAGCUUACAUGAUAAAGCACCACCAGCUUGAGAUGACGGGAGGUUUGGGGCCCUCCAUAGGCAUGGUGAUACGAGUGGGACUGAUGGGCUACAACUGCAGCACAAGCAACGCUGAUAAGGCCCUGGCGGCCUUGUCCGACGCUCUGAAACACUGCCCAAAACGCAAAGCCUAGACUGGACCGUCAGACACCUCAGUCAAAGCACAGGCGGCACAGUUCAUGGACAGAAACAUUGUACAGAUGGCAUUUCUCAGAAUUUCACAGAGGACUUUAAACAGGAGCAACAUGUGUACAUCUGUAAUUGAAUACAGACAUAACUCCCACUA